CAUCAUCUCACACAACUCGCAUUGGUUUCAUCAUCAAACACAAAAAAAAAAAAAACAUGAACAUGAUCGGACAGAACCAGGCUCCGUCAACGGCGCCUAUGUUCCCACCGCCGCGCCGCCGCCGCAUGAUGAUGCACAUGACGUUCUUCUGGGGAAAAGACACGGAGGUCCUCUUCGACGGAUGGCCCGGCCGCGACAACCUCGGCAUGUACUGGCUUUGCCUCGCCGUUAUCUUCCUCCUCGCCGCCGCCUCCGAGUGGCUCUCUCGCUGCCGUCUCCUCCGUCCCGGCGGCUCCCCCCUGGGCGGCGGACUCGCCCAGACCGCCGUCUACACUGUCCGUACGGGCUUGUCGUACCUGGUCAUGUUGGCUGUGAUGUCCUUCAACGGAGGAGUUUUCCUGGCGGCCAUGGCUGGUUUCGGAUUAGGGUUUUUUGUAUUCGGAAGCCGGGCUUUUAGGAGCACGGAUUCCAAGAUCGUUACAUGUGUCCAAUCGCAUUGUUGAUGAGCGUAACUCUGUGUUCUUUAUAAUUCUGGGAGAAUAAUUUUAUAAUUUCAGGUUUUGUUUGA